CACAUUGGCAGCAGCGUCGUCAGGGAUUGGCGUCGACGUCGGCAGCAGCAUCGCCUCAGAAGGGCGACGGUGUGGCGUCUCACGUAGGCCGCGCCGUUUCCAAGAACCGUUGCUAUGGAACAGCGUCGGCGGAUACAUUGCCCGCAACAGAAGCUACAUAUUCUCGGGAAUCAUCAGUUCCAGCUAGCGUCGAAGGAAAGAAAGCAUGUUUGCCACAUACAUGCGAGCAGAUUUAGAGGAAAUCUGUGAGCGCGGCUAAUUGGGCAUGAGGUCAUUGCCGUGGUCAGGGUGCGUGUCCCAAAAAGGAAGGUCAUCAGGAACGGAUCGUAGACAAUACAGAUACGAUUACCAUCUCUACUACAUAGCAACGCACGUGAAGCGGCGUGGGAGCAACAAUUGGACUUUUAACAAAGGAAAAUGGAAAAGGACGUCAGCCAUGCAUACUGGCCAUCUGGAGGCGGCGUCAUCACCCUUCGUGGAGGCGUCAUUGGAGGAAGAGGCCGGCGUCAUCGUUGGAACUGGAGCUUGGCGUCGUGGAUCUGCAGCUUCUGGUGAAAUUCGGCAUGGCAUCGGCUGCGACAUCGGCGUCGGCGUCGGCGGCAGCGUCGUCUGGAAGUAUAUGCAGGCAUUGUCGGCGCACGUAGGCAGUGGCGCGCCAUGGAUUACUACGAAUUCCAGCGACGGCGUGCUGCACAUCUUGGCUGGAGUGGCGUCAGGUCAACUCCAUUAUCAUGUUGUGUCCCAUAAGGGGGGAGGUCAGGAGAGGAAUCAUCGUCAUUGCGGCUCAUGGAGGAACUAUGCUCGGAUCAAAUCCCCAGCCAUCAGGAGAUCCAUUAGGGAGUCCGAGCCCAUAAAGGACCCCUCGUCAGGAUUCAGGUCGUCAGGAUCGUCGCUGUCUAUUGUAUUUCCGGUUGGAUCAAUUUGUCCAUCAACAUGGUCUGGAUUCCCCCCUCCUCCCGUCGCCCCGGUUCACGAGGGAGAAUUUCUGGAGCUGCUUCUUUUGUUUUUAUACGAUUACCAUCUCUACUACAUAGCAACGCACGUGAAGCGGCGUGGGAGCAACAAUUGGACUUUUAACAAAGGAAAAUGGAAAAGGACGUCAGCCAUGCAUACUGGCCAUCUGGAGGCGGCGUCAUCACCCUUCGUGGAGGCGUCAUUGGAGGAAGAGGCCGGCGUCAUCGUUGGAACUGGAGCUUGGCGUCGUGGAUCUGCAGCUUCUGGUGAAAUUCGGCAUGGCAUCGGCUGCGACAUCGGCGUCGGCGUCGGCGGCAGCGUCGUCUGGAAGUAUAUGCAGGCAUUGUCGGCGCACGUAGGCAGUGGCGCGCCAUGGAUUACUACGAAUUCCAGCGACGGCGUGCUGCACAUCUUGGCUGGAGUGGCGUCAGGUCAACUCCAUUAUCAUGUUGUGUCCCAUAAGGGGGGAGGUCAGGAGAGGAAUCAUCGUCAUUGCGGCUCAUGGAGGAACUAUGCUCGGAUCAAAUCCCCAGCCAUCAGGAGAUCCAUUAGGGAGUCCGAGCCCAUAAAGGACCCCUCGUCAGGAUUCAGGUCGUCAGGAUCGUCGCUGUCUAUUGUAUUUCCGGUUGGAUCAAUUUGUCCAUCAACAUGGUCUGGAUUCCCCCCUCCUCCCGUCGCCCCGGUUCACGAGGGAGAAUUUCUGGAGCUGCUUCUUUUGUUUUUGUAAUUUCUUUAGAAUUUUUGUUAUUCAUUUGAAAUACAAUAUCGGGCCGCUGCUGCUGGCCAGGGGGGG